GUCAUUCGUCGAGAGUGCGGACCAGGGGUAAAAGAAAAAACUCAAAAUUCAAUCGAGGGUGUUCAUUUAUUAGCUGUAUAGCAUCGCGAUUUGGGGAGUACGCAGCCUGAAGUUCCAGACCCUGGGUUCAGACAGACGCAGCGAUGUCGGGCUCCUAUGACUCCAUGAUUGAUGUCUCCAGCGACAGCUUUUGGGAGGUGGGGAACUACAAGCGCACGGUCAAGCGUGUGGAUGACGGCAACCGCCUGUGCAACGACCUGAUGACCUGCAUCCAUGAGCGUGCCCGCAUCGAGAAAUCCUAUGCCCAGCAGCUGACCGAGUGGGCCAAGCGCUGGAGGCAGCUCAUUGAGAAAGGGCCUCAGUAUGGGACCCUGGAGCGGGCCUGGACCGCCCUGAUGACCGAGGCGGAGAAGGUCAGCGACCUGCACAUGGAGGUGAAGGCGGCGCUGAUGGGGCAGGACUUUGAGAAGGUGAAGAACUGGCAGAAGGAGGCCUACCACAAGCAGAUGAUCGGGGGCUUCAAGGAGACCAAGGAGGCCGAGGACAGCUUCCGCAAGGCGCAGAAACCCUGGGCCAAGAAGCUCAAAGAGGUGGAAAUGAUGAAGAAAGCGUACCACUCGGCCUGCAAGGAGGAGAAGCUGGCCACCACCAGAGAGAGGAACGGCAAGCUGGAGAACAACAACAACCCGGAGGCGCAGAAGAAGCUGCAAGACAAGGUGGAGAAGUGCCAGCAGGAGAUGGAGAAGGCGAAGGAGCGCUAUGAGAAGUCCCUGGUGGAGCUGGAUAAGUGCACCCCGCAGUACAUGGAGAACAUGGAGCAGGUGUUCGACCAGUGGCAGCAGUUUGAGGACAAGAGGAUCCGCUUUUUCAAAGAGCUGCUGCUGGAGGUGAAGAACCACCUGGACCUGCCUGCCAACCCCAAGUUCCCAACCAUUUAUUACACGCUGGAGGAUGCGGUCAGUGCAACAGAUGCGGAAGAGGACCUGAAGUGGUUCCGGUCCCACCACGGUCCAGGGAUGCCCAUGAACUGGCCACAGUUUGAGGAAUGGUCUGUAGACAUAAACCGGAGUCUGAGCAGGAAGGAGAAGAAGAGCCCUGGAGAUGGAGUGACUCUCACAGGCAUCAGCCAGACAGGGGACCAGGCGGCCAAGCGAAGCAGCAGCCUCGCUGUGCCCGACAGCACAGAGCAGGUGGGCUCAAACCCCUUCGAAGACGAGGACGAUGAGGAAGAGGAGCCUGCCGAACAGCCUGACAGCAGCCCUGUCAUAAAAGCGGAGGUUGAAACCAAAACCGGCAGUAGACCCGAGAAGACGCAGGAGUGGUCUGACGAGGAGACGACGAACCCCUUCUCCGACGACGCCGACGGCAACAGCAACCCUUUCGAAGAGGAGGCCUCUUCGCCGGCCAUCUCUGUGCCCAUCCGCGCGCUCUACGACUACGAGGGCCAGGAGCAGGACGAGCUCAGCUUCAGAGCAGGUGACGAGUUCACGAAAAUCGGGGAGGAGGACGACCAGGGCUGGUGCACAGGCCGGCUGAAGAGCGGCCAGGUGGGGCUGUACCCCGCCAACUACGUGGAGGAGAUGGAGUGA